UCUUUAUGUUGUUGUUGCUGUGUUUAAUAGCUACCAUUGAUGAAGGAGAAGGAUCUUAUUGUAUGGCUGAUUGUACUGGAUAUAAACAUGAACCAUCACUGUAUAUAAGGACAUGCUGUAACAGUAGUAACUUAGGACAGACUAUUACCAUUAGAAGAGUUGGUAUUAAUAGAUAUAUUCUAUGUCCUAAAGUACGACCAAAGUCUUGUCCAAAAGAUGAUUGUAAGAGCUUGUUUGAGGAUGGUAAUACUACUAGUGGUGUUUAUACUGUUAAUCCUGAUGGAGGGACUCCAUUUCAAGUAUACUGUGAUAUGGAGACUGAUGGUGGUGGAUGGACUGUAUUUCAGAGGAGACAAGAUGGAUCUGUUGAUUUCUAUAAAUACUGGACUGACUAUGAGAAUGGAUUUGGUGACCUUACUGGUGAGUUUUGGUUAGGAUUGAGCAAGAUUCAUCGUCUUACUAAAGAAGGAUCAAACACACUAAGAGUGGACCUGGGAGAUUUUGAGGGGAACACAGCUUAUGCUAACUACUCUACAUUUAGUGUUAGUGAUGGUAGUACUGAAUAUAUACUAACAGUAGGAGGAUACUCUGGUACUGCUGGGGAUGAUCUGGUCUGGUAUCUUAAUGGAAGGAGAUUCACUACAAGAGAUAAUGAUAAUGAUGCAUGGUCAGAUAACUGUGCUCAGUACCACACUGGUGCCUGGUGGUAUUAUCACUGCACUCAUUCAAAUCUUAAUGGUCGUUAUUUUGAUACUGCAACUAAUAAUCGUCAAGGAAUUGUUUGGUACUAUUGGAAAAAUGCAUACAUUACUUUCAAGUUCACAGAGAUGAAAACUCGUCGUGACAUUUAAAUACUGU